AUGCGGUUUCUUUUGGGGACGGUGCUGACGCUGCUAGUCGUGAUAGACUAUGCAGUGGCCGCAUGUAGCCUAUCUCAGUCUCAAAUUAAUGUUUCUAUGUGCAACUGGCAAGGCCUACGUGCCAAUAUCCUGCGCGACACAAUCUUCCUCGAUGGCGGGCAGCGAUGGUAUCAGAAAGGAUUUGAUGACGGUUGUGUCGAUUACCAACGUGAUGACAGUUUGAAAUCCACCAUCUAUUAUCUGAACCUCACCACUUCUUUCAACACAAAAUCCGAUUUCAUGGAUCUACUCGGCAACGCGUCCAUCGUCGGCGGUGUUUCUAGCAUAGCUCCGAAUUACGUUGACGGCACGAUGCUUGCCAACGACAACGAGUUAUACCUCUAUGGAGGCAUGCUUCGUAAUACUGAUAAUUCCGACCCUCCGUCUGCUAAUGAAGUCCUGUCGUACGCCGCGUACCAGUAUGGCCCCCAUAUAAGUUUAUGGGAGCCCAACUGGAAGCAAGAACGCCUCUCUCCUGAUGUUACACGAUAUAUCACCAAUGGCGCUGGUGCAUCAGCCCCAAGGGAGAAUCUAGGUUUUUACUUCAGUGGGAUGCGUGCGCCGGACUGGGGCGACUUCAAUUUAAACGAGCUUCAAUCCAACCAAACGGCCAACACGUUAAUCACCCUGGACAUGUCGCAGAUGAGCCACGGGAAUUGGACAAACACCACACUACCAAGCUAUGUUCCUGCUCGUUCCAAUGCGGAACUGGUAUGGGUCCCUGUAUCCGAGUCCGGGGUUUUAGUAGCUAUUGGUGGAGUGGUUGAACCCAUUCAAUUUUUCAAGAACAAAUCAAACUCAUCACGGACAGAUGAGAGCAAAAGGAUUAGCCCGACGUUCAUGGAGACGGUCUCCGUCUUCGAUGUGGGGAGUGGAACCUGGUAUCUACAGAAAACGACGGGUGUUAUACCGCCGCAGUUGACGGAGUUCUGCUCUGUUCUUGCUAGUGCGGCUGAUGGGUCAUCUCAUAAUAUCUACAUAUAUGGAGGAUACGAUGGUCUCAACAUUAGUGCCAAUCCAUCUGACGACGUUUAUAUAUUGUCCCUGCCUUCCUUCAAGUGGGUCAAGGCAUACAAAGGCACAAACACACACAGUCGCAGCGGUCACCGAUGCAUCAAAGUAUAUCCUGAUCAAAUGCUAGCGGUUGGAGGACAACAUAUCGAUCCAACUCGUUGCCUGGAGGGUGGUGUCAUUGUCAACUUUAACCUCAAUACGCUGAGCUUUGAGGAUACAUAUGAUCCCACAAAUUGGAGUAAGUAUAAAGUGCCGGGUGUUGUGACAAAAGUGAUAGGGGGCAACUCUGACGGAGAUGCAAGCACAACUGCCCCAGCAUCAUGGACCAACAGCUCUCUGGAGGGAAUUUUCGACAAGAAGUAUAGGAAGACAAUCGAGACAUAUUGGCCGUACGAUAGCGCAAGCGGCAAUUCCAGCACAAGUUCCUCCCAAGACCACAAUGGGGGUGGCUUCCCUGGCUGGGCUGGUGGAGUAAUCGGUGCAGUCUUAGCUCUGCUCAUCAUUGCGAUCCUUGCCGGACUCUGGUUCUAUCGCCGACGUCAGCGUCAACGCAAGUCUGCUGAAGCUGAAUCCGAGGCCGCAGACGCUGAACCCAAAAACCGCCCUCCAGAAUGGAUGUAUGCGAGCGGCCCAGCCUCCCCUGGACCCGGGCCAGUAUCUUCAUCGACGGGUAUGGAGACGGUGGAGACAGUGCGAACUACACACACCACGGCAACGCAGCCGUCGACAGCACAGCAAUCCAUAACCCAGCCAUCGAUCACACAGGCUUCAACUUUGCCGGACUCCCUUGUCUCUCCCGCAACCCCUGGAACAGUGGAAUCAGGAGGGGAUGCGCUAUAUGAGAUGCAUGAUUCAUCACCUGCUGAGCUUCCCACACCAUUCAAUACCGCAUACCUCGCUCACGACGGGACUCCUAAGUCUCUUAAGCCCGAAUCUGAACGUGGGCUCAAACCAGAUCCGAGACGAGGGUCCCAGUCUCCUGUCUCACCGCAGACUCCUAGUGAGACUGGGUCAGAGUACUCAUAUCCAACGGGUCACAACCGGCGCCCAUCUUCACUAUCAUUAACGUCGCCAAUGUCGAUUGAAAACGUGAUGAGCGGUCGGUCGUCACAUUUUUAUGAAUCUUUUGAUACUCUGCAUACCCCGCGAGCAGCUCAUCGAUCUGAGGUUUCGCAGUUGACUGAUCAUUUGGAAGACAAGGGGCGGAAAGGAGGUAGUGAGACGAUUCGGGAGGAUGAAUAG